GCAAGCUAGGCGAUUCGCGGCCCUCAGCCCAUAUAUCGUUCGAUACACGGCAUCAUAGCCUCACCGAGCUAUUUCCGUCGCUACUCGCAUCGCUGCGCACAGCUGCGCCCCCAGGAUGGCCCCCACCACUCGAUCACUGCUGGCGGCUUUGGUCGUGCUACGCGCGGCCGACGCGGCAGCGGUUGACCUAAAAUCUAGAGCGGGCACGGCCGCCGCGUCGCCGGCGGCCGACGAGUGCUCCCUGAGAAACUGGCCCGGCGUCCAGCCCUCCUGGCGCCACGGCGGCGCCUCCGAGCUCUGCUUCUGCGCCUACGCCGGCGGCGCGCCCCUCGACGAGUCGUGUCCCCGCUGGAAGGACUACGUGUCCGCGGACGGCACACACGCGGACAAGCUCUCGACGCACGGCCGCGCGACGGUUCAAGGCAGACGCGCCGGCAACGCGACGACCAGCAAGUACGGCUCGAUGACGGACUGGGCGCUGGACCUCGGGAGCGGCUUUGGUUCAGACUGCGACGUCGCGAGGUCCCCGGGCUGUGAUUCCGUCGGCGCACAUGCGCUAUCAAUCCCUAGAAACGGCUACGCCUCGCAGUGCUGCGACGCGGAUGAUCCCAACUCGUUUGCGAGCUGGCUGACGUCGCGGCCGCGGGAGCUCGCGAGCACGCUCGAGGACAUGAUCGUGGGCGGCCUGCGGGCCGUCGGUGAUGUGGACGUGCCGUCGUGCGCCGCCACCGGCAAGGAACCCACGAAAUCCAACGAUUGCCUGGCGCAGUGCUUCCACGUCACGCCGGACGUGUUCUAUGCACAUCUUCAUACUACCGUCUCAGUAGCAGCAAUUCGGGAGGCUCCGGUCGACUCGGGUCUCGGCCCGGCUUACAACGCCUCCGAGAGUGACAGGCGUGACAAGGGGUACUACAACGUCUGUGCUUGUGAACCCUCGGAGUGGCCUGGCCGGCGGGGCAACUGCCCGGCGGUCGCGCCGGCGGAUCGAUCGUAUCCGCGCCUCGCGGCAAUGGCGCUCUGCCUGAAUCUCGCCGCGGCGGCGGGCGUCGGCGGGAGCGCUUGCGUGCUGGCCCUGGCGACAGGCACCGCAGCGUUUCACGUGCCUCGGCGGCGGCCGGUGGCACCGCGCGUCGCACCGCUCGCGGCCCUGCCCUGCCCGGCCCUGGCCCUUGGCACUGGUGAAGGCGUGCUGGACGGCACUGGCGUGGGAGUGACGGGCGUCGCCUGGGUCGACGUUUUAUACGUCUUCUUCAUCCUGGGCAUUUGUGGGCUGGUGUACACCACGACGAUCGAUGAUUUUGGAUCAAAUGUCGACCGAACUUCGGUGCGAAUAAAUGAUGAGUGGGCGAAGGCGCUCGACGAACGCGAAGACGAGGACGAGCCUGAGGAUCCGUUCUCGUCGUGAGUAAUCUAUUUGUAUG